AUGUCCCGUAAAAUUCGCGAAGCAGACGGCAUUCUGCGCGUUAUUGCGCCCCCAGGGCAUCCAGCCAUCCUUCCAAAAGAAGGGGAAACCAACAUUUUGAUUACUUCUGCUCUCCCCUACUGCAACAAUGUCCCCCAUCUCGGUAAUAUCAUUGGGAGCACGCUCAGUGCAGACGUGUUUAGUCGAUACAACCGUACCAGGAAUAGAAGAACACUGUAUAUCUGUGGGACGGACGAAUAUGGCACGGCCACGGAAACGCAGGCGAUCAAAGAAGGAAUUACACCUCAGGAACUUUGUGACAAAUACCAUAUUCUACACCGCCAAACGUACGAAUGGUUUAAUAUAGGGUUUGAUCACUUCGGUCGCACUUCCACUCCCCUCCAUACAGAGAUAUCCCAGGAGAUCUACUCCAACUUGGGGAAGCACGAACUCCUUGAGAAGCAACAUAAAGAACAAACCUACUGCGAGGACUGCACAAAGUUUUUAGCGGACAGAUUCGUAGAAGGAAUAUGUCCCCACUGCGGCUAUGAAGACGCCCGUGGUGAUCAAUGUGACGGCUGCAGCAGAACCCUAGACGCCAUUGAACUCAUCAAACCCCGAUGCCUCGUAAACAGUUCCCAUAAAGUCACCACCAAGAUCUCAGAGCACAUGUAUCUGAAGCUUGACACCGUGCAGCCUCGGACGGAAGAGUGGAUCAAGAAAUCAUGGAAAGCAGGGAAAUGGUCCUCGAAUUCGGUCAUUAACUCGGAUGGAGAGAUCGUUGAUGCGCGUAUGAAAGGUGGCCUCAUCCCGACGCCGCUUACGCGUGAUCUAAAUUGGGGAGUACCCGUUCCAAUAAACAGCGAAAAGGAUGAGGGCAUGGCCGGCAAGGUCCUUUACGUUUGGUUCGAUGCGCCGAUUGGUUACCCGAGUAUCACCGCUAACUAUACCCAACACUGGAAACAAUGGUGGUUUAACCCCAAACACGUCAACUUGUACCAAUUCAUGGGCAAGGACAAUGUCUACUUCCACACUGUGUACUGGCCAUCCGUUCAGCUCGGCGAUGGACGGGAUUGGACUAUGCUUCACCAUCUAUCAACCACUGAAUAUCUCAAUUACGAAGGCGGCAAGUUUUCGAAGAGUCGAAAUCGGGGUGUCUUCGGUACUUCGGCCAAGGAGACUGGCAUUCCUUCGGCAGUGUGGCGGUAUUAUCUGCUAUCAACGAGACCGGAAACCGCGGAUUCCAUGUUUUCAUGGGCUGAUUGCAUUGCUUCCAACAACAAUGUCCUAUUGAACAACUUUGGCAAUUUCGUCAAUCGAGCCCUCAAGUUCGUAUCUUCUCAAUAUGAUGGCGUGAUUCCUGAUAGCGGCGACGCCCCCGGCCCACUAUCUCCCAACGACCCAAUCGACGGAGAAUUUGUCCGCGAUAUCAACGCUCUACUCAAGGACUAUCUCGAUGCCAUGGAGCAUGUCAAGAUCCGCCUGGGGCUGCAGACCGCCAUGCUCAUCUCGCAGCGCGGAAACGCGUAUCUCCAAGCGUCCGGCCUGAACAAAACUUUGAUGACCGAAAACCCCACCCGCUGCGCGCAAGUCGUCUCGCGCACCGUCAACCUAAUCUACGUGUUGUCCGCCGUGAUCUACCCGUUCAUGCCUACAACGUCGGAGGCCAUCUUAUCUCAGCUGAACGCCCCGCCACGCGCUGUCCCCGAGGUUCUUUCUAGCGAUAUUCUUGCUGGGCACCAGAUCGGGAAACCGGAGCAUCUGUUCAAAAAGAUCGAUGAAGCGAUGGCGGAUGUGUGGAAGGCUAAGUUCGGGGGUUUGGAUACGUCGAAGCCCGACACUUCCAGUGAUCCGGCGAAGAAACAGCCUGCCGCGAAAGGGAAAGCUGCGAAGAAACCAUCUGAGCCAUCUACUGACGCUGGCCCGAAGUCCCCCGAAGUCCUGGAGCUGGAGGCGAAGGUUGCCGCGCAGGGAAACACCGUGAGGACACUGAAAGGACAGCCGAAGACGAGUGAGCUGGAAGCACAGAUCAAGGCUGAGGUAGACGUGUUGAAAAAGUUGAAGGCUGAACUUGCUGCAGCUUCGUAG